GUUUUGGGAAGCACGCACACGUGUCGGUUUCAUCUUUCGCUUCAGCUGUAAAUUAUAAAAAUUAAAUUGCACCAAAAUGUAGAUAAUUCUUCAAAGGUUUUAAAUCAAUGACUCAUGAUGCAUAUUUUUCAGAGUUAUGUUUAGUUAAAUUGAACGGAUGAAUAGUGGAAAGUAGGAAGGUGAGCAACAAGUAUAACUUCAUAACAAGCUAUCAAGUGCGUAGUGAUGCGAUCGUUAUUGGUAGCAGAAGCUGCCGCGUGAUACAAUGGUAAACAAAUGUUUGUAGUUACUUAUGUUAGUUUCCGGAUUGAGGUCUUGCGAACAAGUUGUUUGUUUUGAACUCUAAUAAAACCAAUGGAUUGGUUUUUUAGAGGAAGAUUUAGGAACAAUCCAAGGCACGAUAUUUUUAGUGCUGUACUUUACACUCCUACCUCAAUGGAGUAAGACAUGUAAUCAUGUUUCUUGGAUGCCUAAAUAAAAUAAUGUUUCUCAAUAUUUGAUCAUAAUGAUCAAAAUUUUGAGGACAAAGAUGGGCAUGAAGGAACAAAAGAUUCAUUUGAUAUCCCAUUCAUUGAUCCAUUUGAGAAUUUGGAAGAUACAUCCAUGGAUUUGUUCCGACGUAUGGAUGAUAUGCUAAGCCGAAUGUUUUCUUCAUCUUUUGGUGCAUUAGAAUCUGAGAAUUUCAGUGAUCAAGUACAAAAUGAAAGUAACCCCCGUGCCAUGAUGCUGAAGGAGCCAGAUUGUAGCAGUUGUGAUAGUUCCCCUAAUGAAUUUCCUUUUGAUUCAAGGCAGCAUCCACCAUUGAUUGAUUCUGAUAUAGAUGACAAAGUUGCCAAAAAUAAGUGGUUGUUGAAGGAAAAUCCAUUUCAAAAGAUAGAACCAAACUUUUCCUAUAAGAAGUUUUCUUCCAUAAAAACUGUGCGUUUGCCCGAUGGGACUCUAGAAGAACAUCGUACUGUCACAGACAGUCAGGGAAAGACUACAACAACAGUACGUCGCUCAAUCGGUGAUCAAAGCUAUGAAGUGACGACCCAUAGUGAUGAGAAAGGGUUAAAAGAGAAAGAUGAAAAGUUUAUAAAUAUGGAUGAGAAUGAUCUGGCGAAAUUCGAGAAAAAAUGGCAAAGUAUCAAAAGUGAAAACAUCCCAUUUCUCGUACCUGAUAUGAAAACAAAUUCAUUGGAAACUACGUUGAAUUCGCCUGUUGGAGAUCCAUCAUAUACAUCUUUAUUUAAAAAGUUUUUUGGUUUUUAGUAGAGUAUUGCUCGUAGUUUCAUACGAAUAAAUUUACGAAAAUAUGAAAAUGGAUUGUAUUGUAAAAAUUCGAAUCAGGUUAUUCUGCAUUUAAAGCUAUUGGUUCGCACAACCUGAUUGUUAUUACUUGUGUUUUUACAAAAUGUGUAAAUAAGUUUUGAAAAUUACAUGAAAUGUGAGUUGGUGAGAUUUUUUUUUUUUUUUUUUUUUUUUUUUUUUUUUUUAGAAUUAUGAACUUUAUUACUUGGAACAAAAUGUUUGUUGUUACUGGGUAAAACGUAAAUAAGUUUUCACCAGUUUAUCGAUAUUUUAGGAUAUAAUUUAUAUGGUUGUUUAUGAGCACCAGAAUUUGAAAAUCACCAUUAAAUCAUUCCUAUUCCGGGAUAAAUAUCAAUCUAAAUGUAAGGAUUUGAAUGAAUUGCACUUGAAGUUUAAACUGUGCCAGAUUAUGCAGGGCGUUUUUGCAAAUUUGCAGGGGUUUUAAAAGAAAAUAAAAAGUAACUUUGUUGUUCAUCAAAAAUUACAAAUAACAGUUGUAACUGUUUUGAAUUUAAAUUUUCAAAUGCUCACUAGUAGCGUUUCCAAAAUGUGGUACGAUGAUUCAUCCCAUACUUUUUCAGCAUCGCUGAUGCGAUGCUUUGGAAAUCUGCACAUAUGCCUUUCUUAGGUUUAUUAACGCCAAGUGGUAGCAGGUGAACAAAUACCUGUUGUUUGAUGUAAUCCCAGAAAAAUCAAGUAUCACUAUAUACGCAUAUUUACAUUCUUUCAAAGCUUCACACCAAACAUAUAGAAAAAAAAUUAUGGGAUGAGUUUCCAUACUACUUCUAUCUCUUUUGUAUUUCUAGAAGGACUUGACACUUAUGUAUUGAUUUUAAGUUUUGAUUUCCGAUGAACUUACAAGGUUGUACUUUUAACAUACUUGCAAAAUUGGGAUAUCACCCUUAAAUUUGACUGUAUCUCAGCGAGUUUUAUAGAAACAUAAUAACGAAGGCAUUUGAGAAUAUGACCACUGUUUGCGUAUAACUCUGCUAGACUAAAAGAGACUAUUGUUCUCUUUGGAUGGCUUACACUCAAAUUGUAGAUUAAAAAGUAGAUAGUAAUUUUUCUUGAAAAUUUUAAUAGAUAAAAGCAUGCACGAUUUUACAUUCAGGUCACAUUAUUGUAGAUAGUAAUGAACUUUGUCAGUGUUUCUGUUAUAAAUUUUCUGAAACAAUGGAAAGCUGUAAUUUGAAAUUUUUCACUUGAUUUCAGAACUAUCCUUUUCAUUUAAAAUCACCCUGUAACUUGGCCGUUCCUCAUCACCGAGUGUCUUAAAAACAUAUUAAAAACGAAGGCGUUUGAGAAUAUGACCACUAUUUGAAUAUUCCUCUGCCCCAGCACAAAUACGAUGCAUUGUACUCAAAUUGUAUAUUAGAAAGUAGAUAGUAAUUUUAUAUUCAAGUCACAUUAUUGUACAUAGUUAUGAACUUAUUUAUAUCUUUUCAUUUACGUUGAAAUUUAAAUUUUUCUUUUUUCGUUUGAUUUCAGAAAUAUCCUUUUCAUUUAUACUCACUCUAUAAAUUGCCCGUUCCUUAUCACCAAGUGCCUUAAAAGCAUGAUGCAGCAUAACAACGAAGGCAUUUGAGAAUAUGCUCACUGUAUGCAUAUUCCUCUGUCCCAUCACAAAUAACUAUGCAUUGUACUAGUUCAUCGACUAAGGAAACUAAUUCUCUUUAGAUGGCUUGUACUCUAAUUGUAGAUUAGAAAGUAGGUAGUACUUUUUUUUUUCUCUUGCGAAUUUAUUGAAAAAGGCAUUUUAUAUUCAGGCCGUAAUAUUGUAGAUAGUAAUGAACUUAUUAUCAGCACUACUGUUUCCAGUUUCGGUUUUCCAUUGUUUCAGAGCUACCUUUUCUAAUCUGUUUACUUUUCUUCUUUGAAAAAUUUAACUAUACAAAUCUUUUUGGGAUUUUAAAUAACUGUCAAAGAAAAUAUUGCUAUACAAAACUAGAGACUUAGAAAUUUGAUGUGCUACUUGAUAUUUCAAAUAUUGCUGUAUAAAUGUUUCAUGAAAUCUGUGCUUUGGAUAAUUUAUUGUAAAAAUUAACAUUUUCAUUAAUGAAAUUUGCCUUUCUUCAAGUUUGAAUUAUUUAUUUAUGUGUAUUUUCAUUGUUCACUAGCUUUCGUCAUAUUUUUCCUUUCUCUACAAAUAUUAAUUUUCUGACUCUUUAACAUGCCUUCUGAAAAUAGUUCAAAUCGUCGCUUAAUAAGCAACACCAAUCAAUUCAAAAUCAAUAAAAUAAACUAUAUUUUGAAUAUUGAACAACGAAUACUUUUUCACUUCUAUUAUGAGCAUGAAACUGCAUGUACAUACCAGAUGUGAAAAAGAGUAGAACUAUCGAUCGCAAAAUUUUUGUUUUAAUUUAAAUUCCAAAUAUGAGAUGAGUGAUAUCGUUUAUUUCGCCAUGUUUGACAUAAAUGAGUCAUCUUACCUAGGUUUACAAUAUUAGUAUUUUGAACACUUAUUUGCUCUGCAUUAAUUUAUUUAGAAGCUAAUUACUCUGUAAAUGUUUCAUGUAACAGUUAUCAAAUAAAAACUUCGAACAGUU